AUGGGAAAGAAGCACAGAAAGUCCGGCGCGCACAACAAAACCGGCAAUGUUGACGCAAUGAGCCAAAAGGACGCUCUUUACCAUCAGGAGAAUUUUGUGAAAAAGCUGCAGAAGCAGAAACUUCAAGAAUUCAAGGAAAAAGAGCUCGCCCGACAACCGCAUUGUCUCGUGAUUCAUAGAGGCGACGUCGGAAAGUACGUAAAAGCUUUGGAAUCCGAUUUAAGGAAUGUAAUGGAGCCGUUCACGGCAAAGAAACUGAAGAUUCUCAAACGAAACAAUAUCAAAGAUUUUAUUGUGAAUGGCAGCGUGCUUGGUGUCAGCAACAUGAUGGUCCUUACCGCUAGCGACGCUUCAUUGCAGCUGAGAAUGAUGAGAUUCAGCCAGGGUCCCACGAUUUCCUUCAAAGUCAAAGAAUAUUCCCUAGCUCGCCACGUGGUGAGCUGUCAGAAGCGUCCAGUAGCCACCGACAGACUCUACAAAUCAUCACCGCUUGUUGUUAUGAACGGCUUCAACGCUGAAGGCAAAAAGCAUCUCGCUCUUGUGCAAACUUUCAUUCAGAAUAUGUUCCCGGGCAUUAAUGUUGAUACGGUUCAAUUAUCCAAUUUAAAGCGUUGCUUAAUUGUUAAUUAUGAUGAGGAGUCCGAUGAGAUCGAUAUUCGACACUACGCGAUUCGAGUCGUUGCUUCCGGCUUGAACAAAUCCGUCAAAAAACUUGUGCAGGCCGAAAAAACGAUGGCGAAAGCGAUUCCGGACCUCAGCAAUUACAAGGACAUCAGCGAUUAUUUUAUAAAUCCCGGACAGCUCAGCGACAGCGAGUUCGAGGGCGAUCAAGCCGAAGUCGAAUUGCCGCAGGAUAUUUCCGAGAGUCGCGGUUGCGGUCUCGGCCAGAAGAGCAACGUGCGUCUCCAUGAGAUUGGGCCGCGACUCACACUCGAAUUGGUCAAGAUUGAGGAGGGCAUCGACGAGGGCGAGGUGCUCUACCACAAGUUGAACUCGAAGACGCCCGAUGAGCUCGUCAAAUUGAGAGCGCACAUCGAGAAGAAGAAACAAAUGAAGAAGCGACGCGAGCAGGAGAACGAGCAGCGUGUGAUUCGCCGUCUCGAGAUCAACAAGCAACGCGAAGAGGCCGAAGAGGCCGAGAUGAAGGCGAUACGCGAGAGCGCCGCGCGACGACAAGCGGCCGCCACCGGCCAGGUCGAGGAGGUCGAGAAUGAGCGCGAGAAGGAUCGCGAGAUUGCGAUGAAUCGCGAACGAGAGCUGAAACGAGCCAACGAGGAGUGGGGAUUCGAUGAGGAGAAGAAGCGUGCGCGGUAUGAAGACGGUAGAGAGGAAGCGCGAGGUCGAGGCGGCUUCAGAGGACGAGGUGGAGAUCGAGGCGGCUUCAGAGGACGAGGUGGAGAUCGAGGCGGCUUCAGAGGACGAGGUGGAUCUCGAGGAAGAGACGGAGGAAGCUUCAGAGGACGAGAUGGCGGUCGAGGAGGAUCUCGAGGAAGAGGUGGGGGAACCUUUAGAGGUCGUCGACGCUAA